AUGUUUUCGUCCGCGGGUAAACGCUGUUUUACGAUAGAAUCCUUGGUGGCCAAAGAAAACCCUCAAACCACGGAAGAUCCCAUCCGACCGACGGCCCUGACUUAUUCCAACCCCACUGACGCUUUCAUGAACGGGUACCAGAGUCCCAACGGCAGGUCUCUGUAUCAGAACCCGGAGCUGGUGUUCCCUGAGUCGGUCAACCACCCCGGGCUGACCAUGAACCCCCACCAGCUAGGAGGGGGCCACCUACAACACCCUGCACACUUCUUUGGGACACAGCACCGAGACCCUCUUAACUUCUACCCAUGGGUUUUACGGAACAGGUUCUUCGGACACAGAUUUCAAGGAAAUGAUGUUUCCCAAGAUAGCUUGCUCCUUCACGGCCCGUUCGCCCGGAAACCCAAGCGGAUCCGAACCGCCUUCUCCCCGUCGCAGCUCCUGCGGCUCGAACGGGCUUUCGAGAAGAAUCAUUACGUAGUAGGAGCGGAGAGGAAACAGCUGGCCAACAGUCUGAGUCUGUCUGAAACACAGGUGAAGGUUUGGUUCCAGAACAGGAGGACUAAGUACAAGAGACAGAAGCUGGAGGAGGAGGGGCCUGACUGUCAUCAGAAGAAGAAAGGAAACCACCACAUCAACAGAUGGAGACUUGCCACCAAGCAGGGCAGCUCCGAGGACAUUGAUGUCACCUCUGAGGACUGA